AUGACACCAGAAACAAGACAUUUUAAUAGCGUUACCCGACUCAGGACUAACAGGCGACCACAUUCAAGCAACCUAACUGUAGGCCUUGAAUUGAGACGACUUUACCAAACUACUUGCAGCAAACAAACUCUUGUGCAAAGAAAUCCAUUUACAUCUGCCAAAGUGUCAGUAGUAAUCAAGAGAGAGUUACGAAAACUAUUAUCGCUCGCCGCAGGUUUUGCCAUCAAUGAAGAAGAGGGAGUGCGGCAAAAAAAGAACACACCUGGAGCGUUUGCAGAACCUUUCCAAGAAAUCCGAGCUGCGGAACUCGGAAUUGGUCGAAAACGCAACAGUUGGUCUUAUGAGACUGGAUUUCCAAAAACAAUUGCUCAAGCCAAAACAGUAUGA